CUUCUAUUUUGUUGGGGGCGUGCUGCGCUGCUGCAGCGGUGAAGAGUCACGUAAAUGAUGCGGAUGUGCCCAGUUAUUUCCCACAACAAAGUGCAGUAAAGCACACUCUUGAUCAGCUGCGCGCGAAAUGGAAAGCAUUACAGAAAUACUCGACGGACUGAAGCUCUGCGUUGGCGACGAGCAGAAAGUGGACGAUGCCGAUUUAUUUCUUCGCCUGAAGAGUCUCCUGGCACUCCUCGCAGCUGAUGAACAACAUUCCAAGUCCGAAGCGAGCCGGCAGCAGGUGUGUGAGCGUCUCGUGAAGAGUGCGUUUGUCAGUUCCACAAAAGAUAUUCUCAAGGGUUCCUCAGCCGUCACUGAAGAAACCUUGGCUCUCCUUGUUCAAGUGAUAGCCGAAGCGGCCAAAUAUGAGCCUCUGAGGAAACAGUUCACAGAAGCAGCUGUUGUGGAUCCUCUCCUGGGACUUAUAUCUCAUAAGAACUAUGCAGUGGUGCUCCAGGCUUGCCGUGCUCUUGGAAACAUCUGUUAUGAUAACGACGAUGGAAGGGACCUUGUCCGGGCUAAGCAAGGUGUCGAGCAGCUGUUGCAACUUCUGCAGAAUGUUCUUGAAGUCGACUCAGCACCAAGAGAUCUGCAUACUGUUGUUUCAGGGUGCCUCCUAAAUUUGACAGAUAUGCAAGAAAUACAAGAGGACGCCCUUCGUUUGGGUGUGAUUGAUAUUCUGCUCAAGUACCUCCAAAAGUAUUCGGAUGUUGAAGAUGUCGUCAUGCACUGUGUCUUGGUGCUCAACGGCAUUGCUGAUUCAGACGAUGGUCGUAAGCGACUUACCGAAAAACACACACUGUCUCUUCUGCUUAGUAAUCUUGACAGAGUUUUCUCGGAAGAAGUGACUGAAGUUUUGCUCGAGUUGUUUGGAAAUCUUGCUGAAAGUGAUGAGGUGAAAGAGGACCUUGUGGAACUGGGCUUUUGCGAAAAGCUCAUUGAAGUGCUGAAGCGAUUUCAACCUGGGUCUGGCACUCCUUUGUCAGAAGAGAAGCAGAGCGUGAUAAAGACUAUCUGCGACCUUACAGUCCUAGUCCUAACUGGAGAUGCUAGCAUGCGGCAUGUCUACCAAAAUGGUAGUGGGCCCAUCUACAAAGCCACCAUGGCAUGGCUCCAGAUGGACGAUGACAACCUUCGUGUGGCUGGAGCCCUUUCAGCAGGCAACUUUGCCCGCAAAGAUGAUCACUGCAUUCAGAUGGUCAGAGAUGGUGUUGCCAAACGUCUGCUGGACCUCCUCACAGAGCACACUGGCACAGACGGAGACAUCAGACUGCAGCAUGCCUUACUGGCAGCAUUGCGGAACCUUGCCAUCCCAUUGGAAAACAAGCCUCUGCUCGCAGAACUUGGCGCUGUUGACAAGUUGCUUUCAAUGCUGGCUGUGGAGACAUUCCCUGUCGUCUUCAAACUUCUGGGCACAUUACGUAUGCUAGUUGAUAAGCAAGAGGUUGUGGCUACAAAGUUGGGCCUAAAUGAGCAACUGGUGAAGCACCUUGUGACGUGGUGUAGCACUGAGGACCACCCAGGUGUCAAAGGUGAAUCAGUGCGGCUAUUGGCCUGGAUAGCGAAAAACAGCGCAUCACCUGAAGCUAAAGCAGUACUAUGCCGUCUGGGUGCAUUGCCGCACUGGGUGUCCAUGCUUUCCUCCGAGCACAGUCUCAUGCAGGCUGAGGGGCUGCUGGCUCUCACACUUUCCCUCAGUCCACCGCCAUCUGGUACCGCUCUGGAAGAUUUGAAAAAGGCUGAUGUUCUUCCUCUGCUGCGAUCAUUACUUGAGUCACCAGAAAUAUCACUUGAAGCUCUGCAGAAUGCAGUUGCUUUCACUACUGCACUAGCCAGCCUUGACUCUUUCAGGCCACUUCUACAGGCUGAAGGCUAUGCAGCGGUCCUCACUGACCUGAAGGACCACAGCAACCAUGUGCUGUCAAAAUCUGCAGCACAGGCCCUGCAGAUCCUUGAAAAAAAGGCGUGAAAUUACAGGCUUGAGCAUUUGGGGCAUAACCGCUGCUGCAUUGGCAAAAACCAUUUGUUUGACGUUGCUCUGUGCAACAUAUGUAAUUAAUGUUCAGGCCUUUGUAUGUGUAUGCACCUUUGGCUAUGACUGAUGGUGUGAGGGACAAACUUUGUUUUGUCCUCUUGAAGUUGAGUCAUUUUUUGAAAACUCUUUGGGGUGGCAACUCUCCUUUCUCCAUGGCAUGACCACUGCUUGAAAAAUAUUUAAAUGAAAUGUCCUUAGUGGCACUGGCAGAUGCCGGCACUUCUGAGACGACUUGGUCUGUGCUGCAUAUGUUUUGUUGAAAAUUUGCUCGCUGACAAUAUUGAGGGAUGCUGUUGAGUACAUGUAAGCAGUGAAAGCACGACUAACCACCAUUAUCCACACUCUCCCCUUUCUUAUUUCAUUGUGCUCCUUCUUUCCAUUUCUGUAUGUUUGGUGACUGUGGAAUCUCAUUAUGAUGAAGUCACGUCCUACAGGAAAAUACCUUCUUUAUAUCUUAUAUUUGUUAUUCGGUAUAAGCAUCUUGGAUUAUAUCGAAGUUUGAAUGUGUUUGUAGAUGUGAAGGUUUUUCUAAUGGUUUCAAAUACUUCGCAUCGUCAGCUGUGCAUGAUUAAACAUAAAACUGAAGCAAAACUGCAAUAAAUUUCAUCCCGCCCAUACUAAACAUAAAGCGCACAAAGUUACCUAGUAUAGAGCACGGUUUCUCAAAGUGGGUUCUGCGAGCCACUAAUGAAUUUUCCCUGGUUAUGCGUUCGCCAAGUAGCUAAGAUGACGAACACUGGGUGCACUCGAUCCAAGGAGCCUCCAUUGCCCAUGCCCGGGUGUCAAAAAGCACAUCACAUUGCAUAACAGAAACGUACCAGCAGCGUGUAGCCACCCAUCCUUCGGAAAUGGGCAGUACUACUAAGCUUUUGCACUUGAACGGUCUAGCGUCAAACUGAAACAAAGGGGCAGAGUCGGCAUUGCUACGGUCAUUAGCGGCAAUCGUAUAUGAUACGUGACUCACAGCAACACUGGAAUGCUUCGUGCUGAAUUGUGCCCUCUAUUUUUACAUAUAUAGCUGUGCAUAACACUGCGUUGGCGGCUCGCCGCAUCCCUUUAUCAGCGCGUAAUCAGCAUCCAUGAUUGCGUCUAUAGCCGUGGUUUCAUCUGCAGCGGUUGCAGCAAAUGGUUGUUUCAUUUUGACUUAGUGCGUGCGUCGGCCGCAUGCCUUCAGAACCGCAAGGUCACUCUAGAUGAUCGCGUGGAUAGCGGCCGUGGUUUCGUCCACAGCGCGUGUGGCAAACAGUAGUUUUGCUUUAACUCAGUGCAAAGCUAUCGAAGAUGAAGGGCACUGGUUAUGUUGUGGUGGACAGACGAUUUGUAGGCAACCGGCGAAAAAAUAAUCUGGAUGUGCACGCGGUAGUGAAAUGAGUGUCUCAGAUGAAGACUCACACCGCGGCCACCCUGCGAAGGAAUUCACGAGGCCUUUGCCACUGCGAGAGCUAAUCAGUCAUGAGAUAACGAGAACUGCAGCGUCCGCACUGCUCUUGUGCAAGGUAGAAACAGGAUUUGAUGAUUCAUUCAGUAAAUAAAGGCGUGUUGACGUAGUAAGCAUUUGUUUAUUAUUUUCUUGAUACCCUCGAUAAUUCGACAUUCAGUUAAUUCAAUCUUUUUUUUUUCCGGUCCUGUUUUACUGUGCUUAGAGUAGAGUCUGCACUAAUUCUAAGACCUCUUGUGAUGAAAUGUUAUAAGUGCCCUCAUGCGAUAAGCACUCAAGUACACAGUGCUCAAGUACAGCUGAGAGCCUCGGGAAUAAAUAGAUUUUCUGAAAUAAAUAACAUGCGUUUUUUUACCUCAUUGUUUUUUCUGCGGGGCGUCUAAAUGCACGGAAUGGCUCCUGACUGGAACAACCACAAACUGGGUCAAUGCCUGUGACCGCAAAGGGUUAAGAACAUACUUCAUUGCAAUAUUAUAGUGGAUCCAUCUGCAGCAACCAUAUAACUCGAUAAUUUUUUUUCUUUUUUUUUCUCUGUACCAUCGCCACAGAUGGCGCACACUUCUAAUUAUUCUCAAAGGCUUAAUAUACAAAUUCGAACAGACUCGCAAUAUACUGCCCUUUAAUACUUCAUUCUGAUAAUGUAGAACCAGUUAUGCUUUAGAGAGCCCUGAUUAUGCAAACAAACUGAUUAUUUGUUUCCUAAUGCUUGAUCUGUACUUUCAAUGAAGCAUGCUUCGUAAUGUGCUGUGUAAUUAGAAACUUGCUAUGUUGCAAAUGCCAGAAUGUGAACAUUGGUUAAAUUGUGUUGCUCAUUAUUUGAACACUAUUCAAAAUGUAUUCUACAGUUCAUUUCAUUGGCUUCUGGUAGUACUCAAUGUGGUCUGAAGAAUCACUACUUGUACACCCUUAAAGGAGUUCUGACACAAAAUUUUCGUGUCCCGCUUCUUGAUUUUUCAGGCACUUGAGUCUAUAAUUACAGUACAUAGCCACAAUUCCUCGAGAGCACCACAAUUUAUUCAUUACAGCACCUUCUGUACUACCUGUUCAAAUGCUCGUCAAGCACAGCACGGCUUCGGAUAUGAAAAAAGGACUCAUCAUGGCAGUGAAAGCAUAGGUGGUGGGGUGUGGUUGUUGAAGGCCAUACAAUGACCAUGUCGCCGAAAGCUACCAUAUUGGCUCUUCCAAGUGUAUGCUUCUCUUGGAAAUGCAGGGGGUUCCGUCAAGUGCUGAAUAGGUCUUUUGGCACAGCCAUAGUGUGUGUGCACAUGUCAGUGGUAUCUGGUACCGUGAGACUACCAUAGUAGAUUUCGUUGACGUGAGGGGCCACCUUUUUCAUGUCUGAAGCCAUGCUGCUCUUGGCGUGUGUUUUGAGCUUGUCACAUUAAAAGGUAGUAUAAUUUGUUUCUGUCUUGUCGAAUGGAGGCUCCAUAGCAUAAUUACUUGGUCAACGGUUAUCCAAUAAAGCAAUAAAAAUGACAUAUAUACAUUUUCCUUCAGUACUCCUUUAAUACAACGGAGAAAUUUAGAUCAGUUCUUUGUUGACUUUGUGAAAGCACUGGCUUGCUCUGUUGCAAGACUUUGGCAUUGAGGUUGGAAAAGAUAGGUUUGCCAAUGGGAGGUGUGAAGGAGUCUAAUAUGACUGCACAACUGCAGUGGUGGGAAGAAACACUUUGGCUGAGAACCAUCUGAAGCCUCCUUUACCACUUUUAGUCCUCGUGAGCAGUGCUUGGUGUUCAUAGCUUUUUCUUGUAAAGGAAUGAACUCGUAGGCAGUGUAAAGUAAAUUGUUUAUAUAAAUUGUUUGCUCUUAUAAACUUUGUGCUCCCCUACCUGCUUCUUGCUCAAACUGACGUAGUCAGCUGCCUUGGGGUGAAACUGUAUUGAUCACUUACUGCUGCCAGUUUCAUUGCUUCUUACCAUCAGAGAUGGGACACCAUAGACUUUGUUGUACAGAGUAUUUACAGGCAGUUAUGUGUAGAGGAGCAUUUAGAGAACCGUUCCUAGGUCUAGAACACUUGUAAGAUGUCAAGAGCUCGGUGUUAAAACCUUGGUUGCUCCUCCCAAACCACCUCGCAAUGAAUCACUACACACCAGUGACCUGACUGGGUCACUGGAAUGUGCCAUGCAUAAGACCACUUCUUGUUCUGCACGUUGUCCAGAACACUGCCAGAAAAAGGAAAGGGUAGGAAAGGUGGAUGCCUGAAGUGUUGCCACUCGCGUUGUGCCAUUCAUGCAACCUUCGAAGACGAAUUAGCUUGUAGGUGAAAAAACGUGAGCACACGAACCACCUUCGCUGCCAACGCCUUGCCAUUCUCCAAAAUGUGUACUGUCAAAGUGGCAACAGCUGCUGGACAAUGAGGAGUGCAGGGGCGCAUAAUAAUGAUUAUGGAAUGCAACAGCCUAACCCCAGCGCCCAAGUGGUGCAUUGCACCCAUUGACGGCUACAGUGCGAGACUUAAGCACCUGGCAACAAUGGCCAUGCUGCGUUCCAGCGAGACUCAAAGCAGCGAUUGCUUUCACUUCCAGAGCUAAGCUUUCUUCAACCUCCCCUGCCUCACCUCGCCAUCCUUUAGAUUAUAGUACUUAACAAAAAUGAUUAUAAUGUUGAAGAUUGGGCUAGUUGGUAUAGCAUACUUGUCUAAAUAUAAGCAGUAAUCCACACAAACCAAAAAAAGAGCCACAUGCACACACAAUGCCCUGUGUGUGCAUGUGACUCUUCUGUUUUAUGUAUUAUAGCACUGUUUAUAGGCAAUAAAGAUAAUUCUAUAGGUUUUUUUCUUGAAGCGUGUUUAGAAGCAUCAGUGUAGUCUGACAGCCCCAGCAGUGCAAAUUACGUAUCUGAUGCUACUGACUAGAAGUUUCAUUCAACCAACCAAGAUGGUGGGCUCAGUGGCCAUCUCAUUCUGCUGGUGAACAUUUGGUCACCGCGUCAGUGCACAUUCCCUGCAGUUUCAUUUUGAUAGGGGCAGAACACAAACAUUUGUGUACGAAUAUUUAGCUGCAUUAGUAAAAACCCCAAGGAGCUAAAAUUAAUCCAGAGUCACCAACUGUGGCAUCUCCCAUAGCCUGUGUGUCACUUUGGAAUUUGUUAAGCCCCCCUCCUUUUUUUUUUUUUUACUUUGAUUAUGACUAUUACGCAAGCUGCUUUCUUAAGCUGAUAAUCACAUGCACAAGCGUAAGCCCUCAUUAUAUUCAUGCAAAUGCAGUAUUUCAGACACGCGAACACAUUUCAAAUAUGCUAAUGAGUAAUGUCUUUUUAUUUCUUCAUUUUAAUUAUUUAUUUUAUUAUUUUUUCCCCAUAUUUCGUGGGCAUUUCAGGGCCCGAAAAAGAGCUUCACAUAAAAGAUAUGUUUGUGGAGACAAAUUGGUUAUUAGGUGUUUCAUAAUAAACUCUAAUUCUCCAGUAGAACCUAUUCUAUAUUUAGAAAUUGUCAUAAAUAAACUUAAUUAUCGAAGUAUGCACACAACACUAAAUAUUCCAACUAAAGACAAGUGCAAACAAUGUGCCAUCAGUUGGCCCCUUUGCCUGCAGUAUGCCAUAAUUUUUUUAGAAGUGCAAUUGUGACAAAGUAUACUGUAUGAUAUUGCAAUUUUCUGUGAGAAAUUCAUUACGAAAUUUUGUAAGCUAUUUGUUGCUGCUUUUUCAAUAUUGUUGAACACCAUGUGCACUGCUGGCACCGGGGAGAAUAAAUAUGUAUAAUAGUUUAUUGUUAGUGCCAUAUAGCUCCACUUUCCACUUAGUUAAUUUCAUGGUGCUCACUGUUGCCUACAUUUACGAGUUUGUGUGCCGAGUGCUUACAUUUUCAUUUUCUGUCUCUUUCUUUAAUCAUAUAAUAAACUUCCAGUGGUAUGUCAAACCUUUCGCUCGGCUAGCCUCUACCAUUAACCUUUCUCUCCCUGACACACGUGCAUAUUUUCAGACACACUGGUUGAGGUGCACGGUUUCCUUGUGGUACAUUCUCGGAAUAUGCAGGUCAUGUGUACGAUGCAUAGGCUACGCAGUGUGAAUAACUUGGCGGUGGGUGUUCCUUAGGGUUAUUUUGAAAACUAGCAGUCUGGCAUAAUGCAGCUUCAACUUUCUGAACAGUUUAGCUCAAAAUUUAUUAGCAUUUCAAGGAUUUCAUUUAAAAAAUAGUAGUUUUACGCAUUGAAGCACAAGAGUAAGUGGAACAUCAAUUCAUUUCGUCAGACUGUUGGAAAAUUUAUAUCUCGGAUCUGGUGCAGUCCUGAGAACUCGUUCCAAGUGGAUAAGCCUUGCGAACUCACCGGCUGUAAUUUGUAGAUUGAACUAUGUGCCAUAAAAUAAUGAACUAAAAUGUUAAUUUGCAUAAUUAUAUUAAUUAUUCAAUUAAGCAUUUUUAUUUCUCAUAAUGGCCACCUCAUUGUGUGAUUUAGAUCAACGAUUAGAAUUGUGCUAUCUGCCACAGACAAUUUUUUUAAUUUGGUGCAGCUAAAAAAACAGCCUAUAUAUUGAAAUGGAUGAGGGUGAAGAUGUGGGCUUGCUAGGGAGUUAUACUGAAUUGGGAUGAACUGCAGCCUAAUAUGGACGGGUAUAUGACACAUGCUGUGGGUCUGUCAUUUUUCCUUGUGCCCGUGUCCCCGUAUGAGGCGUACACAUUACAGAAAGAAAAGUUGCCAAUUACAAUUACUUCAUUCAAAAAAUGCAAUCCGCCUCUCUCAUGGCGCCACGGUGCAUGUGCCCUGCCCUAGCGGAUUAGUUGCAAAACGUUUUGGAAGGGUCGCGCGCAUGGCCGCGCGCCAGAAAGCCCCCCCCCCCCUCAAAAAAAAAAAAGGCGCUCGGACACGCGCUGCUGCGCGCACUCGUGCCGUGUACCACGUUGAAACUCUACUGGUAGCUCGACAUCGGUGCGGUUCUGAAAACGUGCGUAGCGUAAGACCACAACUCCACUUUAAAAGAGAAUGUGGCCAGGGCAUCGUCCGAGUUGUCCGGACUGCACCGUGAGCCAGGUAGUUGCCGCCUUUCAUGAAUGGCUCGCUAAUUUAACGAAAAACCUGUGCGUUACACGUAGGCAACACUUAAGUACAUCACGUUGCUGAUGAAGUCUUUUUGCAAUGUCUGUCCUCACUUGCUGGUGGUGGCAGCGCGUUCCUGACUGCAUGUACUCGUAAGGCGCGGCAACACUGGGUGGAUACGAGGCCGACAAAACGCUCACUCCAAUGAUUGACCGACUAUUGUGCGUCACUGAAACCUUUUUAUCAUACCAGGUUGACAACGACGCAACCGACGAGCGCGAGUUGUUCUGCGACAGGCUUUCUUGUCGAAGGCACCGGCAAAAUCAGUGUGCCGACCAUCGUUCGACCAAACCCCGCGCGAUCGGCCGUCGAACCGACAACACAAUAGUGACAGCAUCUUCGCUUGUGUGUAUAAAGGUCGAAUUAAACUGCCUUUAUACAGUGGAAUCUCGUUGAUACGAUUCUCACGGGCACCGAAAAUAAAAACGUAUUAUCCAAAAAUCGUAUUAUCCAAAACGGACUCCAAAAGAUCGCGAAUAAUACAUACUUGGCACAGAACUUGCUUUUAUUAAAGCACUUUAAAAUAAUCCGUCACUUUGCGCUGCACUUUUUGCAGUUGGGCGGCAGGAAAUUACUUUUACGUUUUGCAGCCACGAAGUAUCGACAGGGUGCGCGGCACAAUUGUCGAGAACCAGAAGAAUUCUACGGUUCGCGGCACGCAUCCGGGCAUCCAGAAAUGUGAGGAACUCUGUGAAAAGGGCUCCGGUCAUCCAUGCCUUCUUAUUCGCUUUAUAAAUGACAGGAAGGCGUGGGUUACGCGAAAAGCAGCGUGGCUUCCAGUAUUUGCCAAUGACAGUAGGCUUGAGCUUCUCGGUUCCAUCAGCGUUGCAGCACAACAAUACAGUGACUCUUUCUUUGCUUUUUUUUCCGCCUUGACACGUCUCACCUUUUAUGCUGAGACUUUUCUCGGGCUGAAGAUUGAUGAACAACCCAGCUUCAUCUGCGUUGAACACGUCCCUUGGCUGGUACUGAGCAAUCACCGCCGGCAGAGUCGAAAGCCAGUUGGAGACCUGAUCUUGGUCGGCAGACUUCCCUUCGCCGGAAACGGUUUUAUACGACAGACCAUGCCGUGUUUUAAAACGAUGGAGCCACCCGCCCGAAGCUUUAAAAUCUUCGAUGCCCAACGAGAGUGCUAUCUCAUCAGCUCUCUCGCGAACAACUGUCCCGUCCACGUUCACGCCCGCCGCCCUUACUUCCCUGAACCAUGCCAGAAGAACCUCUUCCAUCUUGCCAUGCUGGGCGCCCCUUGUUUGCUUCACGCCGGCGCCGAAGACUUGAAUGUUCUUCUGAAUUUCUUCUCGCUUGCCGACGAUCGUGUUCAGCGUGGAGACAGGCAAACAAAGUUCGCGUGCCAGGUUGACACGUUUCUUCUGCGGAUUUUCAUCGACUUUUGCUAGGACGUCGAGUUUUUCUUUCAGCGAUAACGCUUUACGCUUUCUAGACAUGGUGAAGCGCACGGGUGAAACGCGGCACCAAAACAGAAGAAACGAUAAGGGCGAAGUGCAAGCUGAACGCUCGAAACACCAAAAUGGCAACGAGAAAUGGCAAGCACAAAGCCAACAAAGCCUACAGCAUCGUCAAUGCAUGCGCCAAUCACUGCUUCUUGGUCACGUGAUUUUACCGUGAGUACUAUGUCUUAGGAUAGAUGGCGCUAAAAACCUUCGGUGCGUUUGGUGUGCGAGCUUGCGAAAAUUGCUCCCAGAGGCCGCCACACUGCUACAGGCGCUGUGCAGAAGCACGGCCGGCCUCAGCCGAGCCGAGCCAGGCCAAGCCUCGAGCAUACAAAGCGCGCGUCGCCGCGUCUUUAGUCCGCCGUGCCUGUCGUUUCGCUCGAUGUUAAUUUCAGUAGCUCUGCCCACCCGCUUCAAAGGACUGGCUCUGAUGUUAUCAUCAUACAGAAGACGUUUCCGGGAUCGUAUUAUCCAAACCGACGUGGAAAUACGAUCGUAUUAGCCGUACAAAAAUGCAUUUACCUCUAUAGGGCAUCGGCCGGGAACGAAAAAAAAACGUAUUAUGCCGAAAAACGUAUUUAGCCGAAUCGUAUCAACGAGAUUUCACUGUAGUUCAAUUCUGGCCUUAGCGAUUUGAAAUCAGCCACACUUCACUUCGCAUGGCGCGUACACAAUAAGCGGUAAGCAGCGACACAGCGCUGUGCCAACAUCUGUACGUCACCGUACCUGUAGGCAAAAUCCUCUGUGUCCCGUGCAUUGGGGGCAGGUUAAAGAUCUCUUGGUGGUCAAAAUUAAUCCGGAGUCCCCCUACGACUAAGUGCCUUGUAAUGAAAUUGCGAUUUAGGCAUGUUAAACCCCAGAAUCAAUUCAAUUCAGUAUAUAUGCAAUGAAACGACAUGAAAACCUGUUGAGUAACAUGCAUUUGAAUCAGCUGUUCACUUGUGACUAUGUUUUGAACUGGUUUUUUUCUGUUUUAAUAUUUAUGUGACUUGUUUUAGGUCUUGUGUUAUAUUUAUAUAUUCUACUUACAGUGUGCUUGUAAUAUUUGAUGUGAAGCCAUGUUGUUGGGCACAUAGUUUUUAAGACUAUACACCGGAAGCCAAAAGUGUUUUGUUGCUGUUGUUGCUGCUGACUGAUAUUUUCCUUUUUUUCUUUUUCGAUAUUCAGAUUUACACAACUUUACAGAAAAAUUUAUUGCUUUGUGUGAGCAACUUGCCUUCUUGGUCUUGCCAUGUGGUCAGAAGGGUUGCCCCUAGAAAUGUUUUAGAGCACUUUAUGUGAUGUUUUCUUUUAGAUAACUUAUUUUUAACCUGAAAUGUUUUGUUGUCCUUGUGGCAAUUUAUGCUUUUAUAAUUAUACUGUUUUGUAUAAGUGUUGUAUAAGAACUUUUUACUGGCUGUAACAUUCCUUGUCCAUCAUUACAUAUAUUUAAAACAAAUGUAUUGAAUUGUCAAGAUAACCAAUAAUUCUUGGUUCUAGCUUUAUUAGGUAUUCUGGAAAAUUCAGAAAACAGUCAAGCUUAAUGAAAAGAAACCCCCAACAUUAUUGUAGGCAUUUUCUAUGCAAAGAUGUGAAGUGGAGCAUGUGUUUUCUUUUUCUCUCUCUCUAAGAAACAAAAACAUCUCUUGAAUUUGCUAGCCCAUGUUGGCAUGUUAAGCAACAGAUAAAAUGAACACCUUCUCAGAACACCGUCUUGUGAGAUGUCCAAAGUUUAUUGUUAUAAGGUCAGAAUCAGCACAAUUUUACUGCUUGGUUGGUUGUAGAGGUUAGAGUUUCUUUUAUUUACACUUGUCUUUCUCUUUUCCCAGUUUUUCCUUUUUCUUUUGUAGAAAUUCAUAUGGCCGUGAGUUUUAAUUUGGGCCUAUACUUAUGACAAAAAGUUUUAAGUCAUUUCUUAGUGAAGGAAGACAAAUUCUGCUGUCCCAGUUCAGACUACUUCAAUAUUCAGAUGAAUCACACGCUUAAUGUGUCGCAGCACAGUGGUUGUAACCAGUAGCUUACCAUAUCUGAACAUUGUUGAGGUUAUCUAGUUCAGGAGCACAGCAUGUGUGUAAGAAUGUGAAGCUUUUUGGAAACUUCUCAGCCCUGUGUUGUCAUGUGAGAACUCUUCCUCGUAACGUGUGUUGCCUCUUCUUUUGCAAGCAUUACAAUACACAAUUAAAUCUUGUACACUUGUUACUGCUUUGUGGCUGUUUGACAUGCAUUACAUGUGGUUCAUUAACUCAAGAGUUGCUGUUAUCGUAAUUGUCCAAUUAAUUUCAGUUCAACUUUUGUUGAUUAUAUUUGGGACUAACUACUGGUAUGGCCUCAGUUUCUGUAGUGUCACUUUUGCCAUAGACUCUUCCAAGCCUGACUUAAAAAGCUUCUGUUGUACACUUUGUGGCAUCAGUGGGUGUAAGUAGCUCUAAUGCAGUUGUGCUUUUGCCAGUUUUACUCAAGCAAUGCAAAUUUGUACUGCCUCAGCAAAGAGCUCAAGUAUGAGUUUGUUCCCAGUUUCUGUAGGCACACAAAGUAACUGGCUGAGCUUUGUAACUCUUGGGCCAUUUGCACACUACACCCCAAAUGAAACUGUCUAUGGCUACAGAAUGUGGCUUGAUCAGGAUAAACUACAGUUGCUAGUGCCUAUUAACGUGCAAUGCUGUCACGCUAUUUAUUAUAUCGUGCAAACAUCACAUUGACAGUGUGCUUCAGGUUUGUGACAAAAAUAAGGGAAAAAUAAAAGUUUACAUGCUGUGCAGA